GCAGAAACGAACGUCAGAUGCCCCACUACUCAACCAUCGAUGAACUGUCACCCAUGCUUACUCACCAACGAUUUCACAGAAAUGUAAUUAUUUUACAGUCGCGAGGAGUGUUCCGCGAGAGUGUUUUGACCGAACUUUCCGAAGAGAACCGAGUGAUUGUUCGAUUGAUUAUUGCUCCUGAGUAGACGGAAACUCGCGCGAUAUUAGGGCUACAUCGUUGGAGGCGUAAACAGAAAAGUGCGCAGCUGUUUCAUCAAUUAAACGCUUUGUUUUGUAUCGAGAGACCAAUAUGCCAAUUUUAUAUAGUGUGGUGGCCCGUGGAACAAUUAUAUUAGCAAAACAUGCGGCAUGUGUAGGAAACUUUGAAGAGGUCACAGCGAAGAUCUUGGCAAAAAUACCACCAGACAAUGACAAACUUACAUACUCUCAAGGGCCUUAUCUCUUUCAUUACAUCUGCGAGGAUCGCCUUAUUUACAUGUGCAUCACCGAUGAUGAUUUUCAAAGAUCUAGAGCAUUUUUGUAUCUCAAUGAAAUUAAGAGAAGAUUUUUGGCUGUUUAUGGACCAGGUGCUCAAACUGCCCUAGCCUAUGCUAUGAACACGGAAUUCGGCCAUGUUUUGGCCAACGAAAUGAAGCAUUACAGCGAAUCUAAAGAUCUUGAUAGAUUGUCCAAGGUUCAUGGCGAGCUCGACGAGCUUAAGGAUAUUAUGGUAAAAAAUAUUGACAAUAUAGCGAUGCGCGGUGAAAGGUUGGAACUGCUUGUAAAUAAAACGGAGAACUUGUCUGCCAAUUCCGUGACGUUCAGGAAGACUAGUAGAAACCUAGCACGCUCCUUAUUUUGGAAGAAUGUUAAAAUUUAUGUCAUUGUCGGCGCAAUUUUAAUCGUUGUAGUAUAUGUGAUUGUCUCUAUAACAUGUGGCGGCCUGGCUUGGCAAAAAUGUGUGGGAAAUUAAUGUACAUGUGUGUACGACAGUGUUUGAAUGCCGAUAAAAUGUCUACACAGAUGGGAGAGAAGUGCGCGGAAAUCUAGUAUGAGACUGAUCAAAUCUAUUAUCCGCAGUUACACUAUUUACAAAUUUAUUGUUACAUUUUAGUUUAAAUAAUAUGAUAAAAACAUUGUACCAAGCACGUAUACAUAUAUACAUACACACCCAUAUAUGUCAGCAACGUUUAUCCAUAAUGCUUAUAUUAUAAUUAUUUUACAAGAAUCAUAACACUUACAAUUUAUACUCUAUCGACAAAAGGCAUACAUAUAUGUGUGUAUAAAAUUUUAUUUUUUACACCGAAAUAUGCACAAUAUCUUAUUUUACGAAAAGGCAAGAAUAAAAACGUUUUCUUGUUCAAAUCCUACA